AUGCGUCUGGAUCCGCCGCGCUGCCACUUGACUCCCCGGACAGCCGCGCUCCCUGUGGGGCCUCACCGCGCAGCUGCUGGCAGCCCUGCAUGCUCCUGCCGAGCGGAGUGUCCUGCCACUGAGCAUGGCCACAGACAGUUCCCAGUUCCUCGUCUGGAAACAUCCCAAUCGCCCACACGAAUACUGGCGGCCACGGAGUCCUCGUCGGCAAUUGAGGCACUCCGCGUUGCCCCACUGGCCGUGCGAGACUGCGUUACCAAAGGAAUUUGGAUUAUGCUACUUUUCGUGGUGAAGCGAGGCCACUCUGUAGAAUGUGUGUUCUCCCCAUCGCACGGCGGUGUGCCAUGCAAUGAGGCCGCUGAGAAAGAAGCCGCGGUUGCAAGUUCCCUUCCCGCAAUGGGGUGUACCAAUCUGGCACGUGGACUUCCUUGCCGCAGUCAAGCGGUUAUGCUGGAAAGAAGUCCAGGAGGAAGAGGAAGGCGCACACAUCACACUACAGGCGCUCGUCGGCAUAGCGAAAACUCCAUUACUUGUGUCCGGCCAAAUGUUGCGCCACGACCCGCAGCUCCGCGCACAACUGCGAUGCGACUCCUGCCCACUCUUAGGUAG